CACGAAGCCCACAGGGUCUCGCGCUCCCAAAGUCUCCUCCCGUACCCUUUCCUCUUCUCUCAACGGGCUUUAAAAUUGAGCAGAAGAUUUAUUUGCGGAGGGAAACCAACUUUCAUGGUGACCCUGAGCGACCGGAGGACUCAAUAGGGCGGCUGCGGUGUAGCGAAAGUGCAACUGAAGUUUCACAGCUGCAUUUCCCACGGAGCGCUGUCUCUCCCCACCGCCUGCACCGAAGCGGAUGAAAACAAACACGAAGGAUGGCGGCGCCGGGGAGCGACUGGUGGCUGGCUUAGGGCGGGAGAGAUCGCUUGACGCGUGAAGGAGAAGCUCCGAGGAAAUUCACCAGUCGACGUCGGUCCGACCAUUUGCUCCGUUCCUGGAGCCAGGAGCCUCGUGAAGCGUGAGGUAUCUCUCUGCGACCCGUGCUGUCAGUACCGCCCCGGAGCGCGGAACCCUCAGCCGGGAGGUGCGGUUGGCCGGCUGCAGGCCCCGGCCUCCGGAAUGAGAGCCCGGAGCCACUCUCUGUGCCGUAGCUUCCCAGGUGAGGGUGACUGUUGACUAGUGAAAAAGGGACCCAAAGUUCACGACAGUCUUCUUACUGGCAGUGGAACGACCGGUGGAAACCUGAGACCCAUUCUCAUUAAAUAAAUCUCUGGUUAAAAUUAACAUUUCAAAGGGCUGGGGGAGAGCUCAGUGCUAGAAUGCUUGCCUGGUCUGCACAAGGUCCUGCUUUUGAUCCAUAGCACUGAACCAACACAAAGAAAUUUUAGUAUUAAGGUUCCCAUAGGCAAUGGAAACUGAUCUCAAUUCCCAGGACAGAAAGGACCUGGACAAGUUUAUUAAGUUUUUUGCACUCAAGACUGUCCAAGUAAUUGUCCAGGCUCGACUUGGUGAAAAGAUUUGCACCCGCUCAUCUUCUUCCCCAACGGGUUCAGAUUGGUUCAAUUUAGCAAUCAAAGACAUCCCAGAAGUAACACAUGAAGCAAAGAAGGCCCUGUCAGGGCAGCUGCCUGCUGUGGGGCGCUCUAUGUGUGUGGAGAUCUCACUCAAGACUUCUGAGGGAGAUUCCAUGGAGUUGGAAAUUUGGUGUCUUGAAAUGAAUGAAAAGUGUGACAAAGAAAUCAAAGUUUCCUACACUGUAUACAACAGACUGUCCCUGCUGCUGAAGUCUCUUCUCGCUAUAACGAGGGUGACACCAGCCUACAGACUCUCCAGAAAACAAGGGCAUGAAUAUGUAAUACUGUACAGGAUUUAUUUUGGGGAAGUUCAACUGAAUGGUUUAGGAGAAGGCUUCCAGACAGUUCGAGUUGGAACAGUGGGCACCCCUGUCGGCACCAUCACUCUUUCCUGCGCUUACAGAAUUAAUUUGGCAUUCAUGUCUACCAGGCAAUUUGAGAGGACACCACCUAUCAUGGGGAUUAUCAUUGAUCACUUUGUUGACCGUCCCUAUCCCAGCUCCUCUCCCAUGCACCCCUGCAAUUACAGAACUGGUGAGGAUGCUGGAGUCACGUACCCAUCAGUGGAAGACUCUCAGGAAGUGUGUACCACCUCCUUUUCCACCUCCCCUCCCUCCCAGUGUGUGUUUACUGUCACAAAGGCACAUUUUCAGACCCCUACUCCUGUGGUGACGGACACUCUGAGGGUCCCCAUGGCAGGACUGGCCUUUUCCCAUCAACUCUCAAGCUCUCGCCUUUCCUAUCAGCCUGCUGUCCUGGGCCUUGGAUCGGCUGACCUGGCUUAUCCAGUAGUGUUUGCUGCUGGCUUAAACACUACACACACUCACCAGCUGAUGGUUCCAGGGAAGGAAGGUGGGGUACCUCUUGCUCCCAACCAGCCUGCUCACGGCACCCAGGCUGACCAGGAGAGACUGGUGACUCACACACCUUCUGAUGGGACCCACUGUGCUGCCACGCCCUCUAGCAGUGAGGACACUGAGACUGUGUCUAACAGCAGUGAGGGACGGGCCUCACCCCAUGACGUCUUGGAGACUAUCUUUGUCCGAAAAGUGGGAGCAUUUGUCAACAAACCCAUCAACCAGGUGACCCUGACAAGUUUGGACAUACCCUUUGCCAUGUUUGCUCCCAAGAAUUUGGAGCUGGAGGAUGCUGAUCCUAUGGUGAACCCCCCGGACUCUCCAGAGACCACGUCUCCCCUCCACGGCAGCCUGCACUCAGAUGGCUCCAGCGGGGGCAGCAGUGGCAAUACACAUGACGACUUUGUAAUGAUUGACUUUAAACCUGCUUUUUCUAAAGACGACAUUCUUCCGAUGGACUUGGGGACCUUUUACCGUGAAUUUCAGAAUCCCCCUCAGCUGAGCAGCCUCUCCAUAGAUAUUGGAGCCCAGUCUAUGGCGGAAGACUUGGAUUCCUUACCAGAGAAGCUGGCUGUGCAUGAGAAGAAUGUCCGAGAAUUUGAUGCCUUUGUUGAAACCCUGCAGUAAGAGUGUCCCGAGUAUCCGCAGCAUCCCCUUUCUAUGGACCCAGCAGAGAACCUCGACUCCUCAGCAGCUCCCUGCCUUCCUGCUGUCUCUGGCCAGGUGAAAGACAUUGUGGUUCCCUUUGGACCUCCUGGAGACUCAUGGCAGCAGUCAGGCCCAGUGCCAGACUUUGGGAGGACUCUGGCUAUAACUGAAGAGCUUCAGCAGGGACCAUCCUCGGCUGCUUCACAAAGGGUGGCAUCCUGUUCUUCUGCUGCCAGCCUCCUGCCUGGUCUACUACCCUGCAGACGGCCCUGCCUGCUCGUCCUUACCAUCAGCCGCCUGACAUUCCAGGUGGUGGCUGGGAGACUGGGCGAGGCAGAAAGAGCAAGGAGACCAAGCUGGGCCAAGGAGGGCUCUGUCACCAGUAGAUCCUGGACCACCCCCCUCUCCCUCCUUCUUUCCCCCUCCUUUCCCUCCAUCCUAACUCAUGAGAGUCACGGAAAGGUUCUUCCCUCCCUCCUCAUCCUCCCUCAAUUGCUGCUGCUUGGAUAUAGGACAUGGUAAAUAUUUAUUACUUUCAGAGAAAUCAGAUAUUUUAUAGAAAAUAUGGGUGGGGUUAGCAGUGUCACUGGGAAGAAGGAUGAGUGCCUCCUGUGCAGAUUCCUCAGAACCUGCCCUGCUGCUGAGGAUCUUCCCUUGCAUCCAAGGAGAGACUGGGAGUGGGACUGGCAGGGGCAGAGUGGCCCGCUCAAGCUCCCGCAUGGAGCGGCACUGACUGCAGGCCGGCUUUGCUUGCUUGCUGUGUGCUCCUGCUGAGAUCUCCUAGACACAGCAUCUGCAAAGUCUGCCCAAGAAAUCCCGGGUAUGUUCAAUGUGAUGACUCCUCAAGACACACGGUGCCCAAGGGAGCACUGCGUCCUGUGCUCGAGUCCCUGAGCCUAGAGCAGGACUGGGGAGCUAUUCCUCCCUCCCUCCCUCUAAUUCCAGAGUCUAUGUGGCCCUGGGUUUACAAGCUGGAUUGGUUCCCUUUUGAGAAACCACAGCUGAGCUUAUGGUUGACUUAAACCUUCAGGUAUUGUUGCUUGAGUAAGUCAAGUGCCUCUGCCAGCCUGCCCUGUUCCUCUGGUCCCCGGCUCCUCACUGGCAGCAGCUGUUAUUCACUGGAGCAGGUGGCUCACAACUGCUUGUUAGUAAUCUGCAUGUAAUCCUGGAGCCUUUCCCUGUGCAUGCUUCUGCUGCCACAGAGAAGUGUGCCCAGCAGUGGUGGCCAGAUGGCACUGCAGCCUUUGGAUCAGGUACAUUGGCCUACUGAACCAGAUUGGCUCCCAGAGCCAGCACUGAGUCGGGUGAGGGCAUGGAUUCUUGGCAAGGCUCAGCCAGUGGCCUUUGUAGGCGGCAGCCUUUGUGUCCCAGACCUAUCAGGGAAGCUGAGCAGAGCAUCCUUCAAGGUGGCCUGUGCCCUUCAGCCCUGCACAGUGGAAAAGAAAAGAUGGGUUCUAGACCAACUCCUGCAGCCAGGCUCAGGCUGGGACCAGGUAGCCACGAGGCCCCUUCCUUCUCCAGUGCUUUGUUGGGAAAUGAGAGUUACACUUGGAAAUAUAAUCAAGAGAUUUCCAAUAAAGUUUUCUGUACUUUA